AUGGAAAGAAUCAACGUCGCAGUUAGAGCAAGACCUCUCUCGCCGGAAGAUGCCAAGACCAGCCCUUGGAGAAUCUCCGACAACUCCAUCUUGAUCGCUAACCCUCAUACCAAGUUUGAUUUUGACCGAAUUUUCAGUCAGGAGUGUAGUACUUUCGACGUUUAUGAGUCGAGAACGAAAUAUAUUGUUGCAGCAGCAAUUGGUGGAUUUAACGGCACUGUUUUUGCAUAUGGACAAACAAACAGUGGCAAAACGCAUACUAUGCGUGGGUCUAGUGUUGAACCUGGAGUCAUCCCUCUAGCAGUGCAUGAUCUAUUUGACAUGAUACACCAGGAAAUGGAUCGUGAGUUUCUUUUGAGAAUGUCCUACAUGGAGAUCUAUAAUGAGGAAAUCAAUGAUUUGUUGGCCCCAGAGCACCGAAAGCUGCAAAUUCACGAAAGUAUUGAGCGUGGCAUAUUUGUUGCUGGUCUGAGAGAAGAAAUUGUUACUAGUGCUAAGCAGGUGCUUGAAUUCAUGGAGUUCGGUGAAGCUCAUCGUCAUAUUGGGGAGACAAACAUGAAUUUACACAGCAGUAGGUCUCAUACCAUUUUCCGCAUGAUUAUUGAGAGCAGGGAUAAAGUUGAAGAUGAAUAUGCAGAGAGUUCUUGUGAUGCUGUUCGUGUAUCUGUUUUGAACUUGGUAGACCUUGCUGGUUCAGAACGAGCUGCCAAAACUGGUGCAGAAGGUGUUCGCUUGAAAGAGGGUUCCCACAUCAACAAAAGCUUGAUGACACUUGGGACUGUAAUUAAAAAGCUAAGUGAAGGUGCUGAGAGCCAAGGAAGUCAUGUUCCUUACCGAGACAGCAAACUUACACGUAUCUUGCAGCCUGCACUGGGUGGGAAUGCAAAUACAGCCAUCAUUUGUAACAUUACACUGGCACAGAUUCAUGCUGAUGAGACUAAAAGCAGCCUUCAGUUUGCAAGCCGAGCUUUACGUGUCACUAACUGUGUUCAUGUGAAUGAGAUUUUGACAGAUGCUGCUUUAUUAAAGCGCCAAAAGAAAGAAAUUGAGGAGCUCCGAGCAAAGUUACAGGGUUCUCAUUCAGACCACUUGGGAGAGGAGAUUCUCAACUUGCGGAAUACGUUGUUGCAGAGUGAAUUGGAAAGGGAGCGAAUAGCUCUAGAGCUAGAAGAGGAAAAGAAAGCUCAGGCUGAACGAGAAAAGAUGUUGCUUGAGCAAGCGAAGAAGAUCCAGAACUUGAGUUCUAUGGUCUUAUGCUCCAAUAGAGAUGAAGUUCGUGAUCAUCGCAAGAAGGAAAAGCGGCGUGAUACCUGGUGUCCAGGGAAACUUUCAAAAAAGAUGACGAGUGAGCUACCUUCCACCAUCCUAGGACAAGCUUCUGCGGUGAGACCCGAUAGAACUGACCGUGAACGAGGGCCACUUCUACCUUUUGAGGAACUAGUAAAUGAUAAGACAUCAAAUGCAUGCAAGCUGGAGACAGAUUGUAAUGGUGUGGCAUUGAGUGACUUUGACCUUCCACAUCCACACUCAUUGAUGCAUGUUACAAGCAGAAAAAAGGCACCAACCACGAAAAGGAGCUUACCGAUGGAAAGUGCUGAAUUAAAAGAAAUGCGAGCAGAAUAUGAGAACUUGCUCUUACAAUUUGAAACUCAGCGAACAACAAGUGAAAUACAAAUUGACUACUUAACAAGAAGACUUGAGGAGGCUAGUUAUUGUUUAGAUGAAGAACCUGGGAGUAAUUACACAUCCGAUACUGAUAAAAAAGCCAUUCAAUUAAGCACUACUAGAAGUUUGGGCGAAAUGGAGGCAAUUCUUGUUAUCAAGCAACUUCAAGAAAAGAUCUCGGAGUUGGAGAUGGAGAAAUCUUUAAGCUUCCAGAAUGUGGAUUCUGCUGUUGAAUUAGAAACAGAGAAAAAUAUGUAUGCCAGCAAUAAGCAUGAUGAGCUAUACAUGAAACUCCUGGCUGCACAGGAGGAAGUCAAUUUGAUUCAUCAACAACUUAUGGCAAUGGAUGAGAACUCUGAAGCAUUGACAAAGCUAUCGGCAGACAUCCAAGAAAUAACAUUUGACAUUCAACAUUCAGAAACCCUUGUUGGGUCUGUCACUUCGAUGAUGGAGGAACAUUUGCAAAGUUGUGCUGCCCUGUCAGACCUUAUUGCUGACCUCAGGUCUUUCUCUUCCCAUGACUUUAUUCAAAUAAAAACACUACUUGGUGGCUACGAAAAAGUGCAUUCUUGCAUGAAAGCCAAAGUAGAUGAACUUGAACAUGAAAAGCUUCUUAUGUACAAUCAAUCUAAAGACCUUCAGAAAAGGAUAGAAGAAGCAUGUUUAAGUGGUGAAAAUUCAGCACGGGCAUUAACAGAACUUUCUGAACGUUAUGAAGCAGAAACAACUGAAUUUCUUUCUGAAAUCAAAGCACUCCAAAAUGAGAUAUCAUCCCUAUCAUCUUCUGUCUUGGCUAAGGAGAAGGAAAGAAUGAGAAAAGACCUUGAGAAAACAAAAGCAAAACUGAAAGAAACAGAGUUUAAGUUAAGGAAUACCAUUCAAGAGAAAACAAAGUUAGAGGGUGAAAAAGCAUCUGCAGAGAGAGAAAUAAAACGCUUGCAUGGCCAGAAGGCUGUUCUUGAGCGUGAUAUAACGAAACGUGAGUCGAUUGCUGGGAGAAGGCGUGAUUCAGUUCUGGAUAGAAGCUCAAAUAUUUUUGACUCGAGAAAAGCCAAAGGAUUUGGUGUUACUGUUGAUCAGGAAGAGUACAGAAAGCUGGAAGUGCUCGCAUUUGAGAUGGAGACAACUAUUGGUUCUCUAGAAGAAAAAUUAGCAACCACUAAUGAUGAAAAAGAACAGGCAGUGUUGAAUUCUGAAAGACUGGUCCUAGAAGUACAAGACUUGUCUGACAAAUUAAACUUUUCGAACUCAGAACUGCAAGCAUUAGAGGAUCUGGUUUCAAGUCUUAGGGUGAACUUGGAAGAGGCAGCAAUGAGUCAUCAGAAUGCAGAAAACUCUGUUAGUAAGUUGGUCGAGGAAAAGGAAGAAAUGGCUAUGCAACUUACCGAUGCUCUUCUGGCAAUUGAGGAGGAAAGAGCUAUAUGGGUUACCACGGAAAAAGCUUCAAUUGAAGUCAUUGAAAGCAAAUCAAAGUUGUAUAGUUCUGAGAUUGCUUUGUUAACAGAUGCAUUGUCAGAGGUGAGGAAUGAACUUGAGGCCUGCGGAGAAGAAUGCAAGGCCAUCAAACAAAAACUAGCUUUUGCAGAAGAGAAAUUGGAAGUGGAGAAGGCAUGCAGUGUGGAAAAGUCACUUCAGAUUGACCAACUAAAGAAUGAUCUCAGACAGCUUGAUGAUCAGAAAAAGAUAUCUGAAGAUGCUUUGAAGUCAAAACUAGAGGCCCUUUCUUUUGAUCAUCGAAAUGCAUGGGAAGAAGUUGAUAAACUUCGGAUGGAUUUAGAUGCACUUAGUAAAGAAAGAGAUGACUUGGCAGCCAAUGGCAGGGAAUUUGGUCAAGUUUCAGAGCUUAUGGAUGAUAUCCAGAAAUUACGCAAUCAGCUCCUUGAAAUUACAAAAGAACGAGAUGAGGUACUGACUCAGGCUGAAGAACUGCAAAAUUCUAAGGCCGAGCAACAAUUGCUCGUGGAAAAAUGUCAUGACAAGUUCUUGAAUGCCAAAGCUGAAGUUGAGGAGUUGACGAUGAAGCUGUCCACUCUAGAAGUCAAGUGGCACAACGAUGAGGUGAAAAACAGCAUAGAGAAAGCAAAAACAAGGAUGAGGCUGAAUGGAGCACAACGAAAGUUAGAUAGCAUUCGGAUGCGAUGCAAAGAAGAAAUGCAGGAGAAAGACUACAUGCAUAAGCAAUUCGAAGACGCUACAACAAAGUUGAAAAGUCAAUUGGUUUCGCGUGGAAGCGAAAUCCUCAACCUCAAGAAGCAGCUUGCUUUGAAGGCGUAGUCAUCAAUCCUCCCAAACUUGUAUAAUCUUUGUAAAUUCGAAAACACAUCGCAGGGGCCGUUUACCCAAA